AUGGCUGGCGAAACCGAUGAGGAGGUUGAGCGACGACCGGAGAGCGCCGAGCAAAAUCAUACCAAGCAGUACGGCAUCGUCGAUCCGGAUCGCAUCAUCAAGAAUCCGCUGCAAUUCCAGUGGACGCUCGGGUAUCAGGAACCGGAUAAGAACAUGUGGGAAGACGAGAAGAAUUUCCGCGGCAGCCGGUGGGUGAUCAACGUGCUCCGGCAGCAGCGCCACGAAUUGGACAAACAUUGGCUGGAUAUGACAUUGUGGCUGAUCGGCAAGGUUGUCGAUAAUCCUGAAGAAAUUUGCGGUGCCGUCGUGAACAUUCGCCAGAAGAUGGAUAAAAUUGCGAUUUGGACCUCCACCGUCAUGAACCGGAACGCGCCGAUGCCGGAGAAAGCUACGCGGCAGUGUGCGAGCACCAAAUUGGACCGCAAAAAGUGCCUUUUUGGAUAUCCGGAGAGCCGUUGGAGCAUCCAGCAACACGCAAACCGCGUGCUCCAGGAUUUGCCGUGGAAAAGCAGGAAACCGUUCCAAAACGUGGUCUGGCGAAGGCCAAAGAAAGGAGGCUCGGAACCGGUAUCUCGGCUGGUAAAGACGGCUGAAGUGAAGGCUCGAGGAGCCAAUAAUAUCAACAUUUCCUCGCCACAAAAUCCGCCUACAAAAGGAGCUAGUGAGAAGACGGUGCGAACCCUAGCACUUACAAGGCCACGAAUCCAAAUCGUCGGUAGGCAAAGGCAUCAGUCGGAAGAGCGAGACAGAGCCACACAUCCACGUGUGGCUCUUUUUUCCCCCCUCACCUCAACUGCCUUCCGGCGCGGCAAUCUCGGGCGAGCCGAAGAAAAUCAGCAGCCCCCUGGUAGACCCCAGGAGGCGCCACAAGUGUAG